AUGGCUGAAACAAGCGAGAGAAAGAGCGAAGAGGAAGAGAGGGCUAAGCAGGGUAAAGAGCAUCAGGCAGUAGCUUCAGCGAAGCGAGCUGGCGAGCAUCAGGCAGCCGCUUCAUCCAAGCGUGAGGAGGCUAAAAAGGAGGCGCAACAGGCGGGUAGCCAGGUGACAGAGACCACCAAGAAGGCAGGUGAGGCGACUGCGGGGAAGGGACGUCAGUUGACGGAGAAGGCCAAGGAAGGUCUCGCGUCAGGGACAGAGACGGUGACUAAGAAGACUGAGGAGCUGACGGAAAGGGCGAAGGAGAGCCUGGGAGAGACUGCAGAGAUGCUCAAGUCUAGCUUUGGUAAGGGGCAGGAGGAGGUUCAGGAGGGAGAGACGGCCAUAGGUAAAGGAGUGGAUGUGAAGGGGAAGGAAGAGGCUGCUGCUGUCCUAGAAGCAUCUGCUAAGAGGUUGGGUCAGCUGGCAGAGGUUUUGAAGGAAAAGGGUUCGGAAGCUGAACAUGUGGUGGAGGGGGCAGCCAGCAAAAUUUACUCUGACAUCCAGCAUGCGAUGGAAAAUCUUUCAUUUGUGGGAGGAGAAAAGAAGACUGGUGGUGAUGUUGAAGUGAAGGGAGCAGAGGGGACUGGUGGUGAGGGCGUGAAGGCAGCAGCAGCAGAUGUGCACGAAGCUGUGAAGACCACUCAGGGUGUUACUCAGACUGUGGUUGUUGGUGCUGCUGAGGUGCUUGUUGCUGCUGGCGAUGCUGUAACCGACGCUGCUAAGGCACUUGGGUCAAGUUUGCAGUCACUGGUGCAGCCAUAUGAGAAAGGCACAACUCCAUCUGCAGACACGUCUGCCCCUACAGGCACUACUACCAAGGUGGAGGAGGAACACAAGGAGAGUGGUGCAGGCUCUUAG